GGCGAGGGGAGCGCGGCGGGCACGCGCGCCAUGAACCCGAAGGAGGCCGGUGAGGAGGAGGACUGCGUGGACUCGGGCGCCGAGACCGGAGGGUCCGACUACAGCCAUCUGUCCUCCACCAGCAGGUAGGGUUGGGGGAGGUUGAGACGGAGCCUCAUGUAGCCCGGGAUAGCCUCCAACAUGCCGUAUAACUGAGUGUGAUCGCCAACUCCUCCCUGCACUUCCUGAGUGCUGUGACUGCAGGUGUGCACCACCACGCCUCGUUUGUGCGGUGCGGAGAUCCGAGCCCAAGGCUUCAUACAUGCUAGGGUCUUGCUGUGUAGCCCUGGCAUACAGACCAGGCCGGCUUUGAACUUGAUGCGAUCGCCUGCCCACCAGCUUCCACGGUUACCGAUGCGUGCGCCAGAGCCGGUUUUCCCUCCACCUCCUGCAGGACACCUGGCUGCCUUGAAGUCUUGGCAAUGGAGGAAGCCAACAGCAGCUACCUGCAGCCAGAAACUCCAUGCCACAGGAAUUUGGACCGAGUGGUAGAGACAUCUCGGGCAGAGACGGCAAUCGCCAGCUUCCUCCCUGUGAUGUCUUGUGAUUCGGAGCACAUUCAGCUGCACCCUUUUAAAAAGGGCAGCAUAUUGAUGCUGGGGACACAAGAGCAGAACUGAACGAGGACACGACCAUUCCAUCAGAGUCAGCGUCCAGCCUCCAUGCUGCCUCUCCUGCAGGGCACCGUCUUCCUUCUCUCCUCCUGCUUCCCAGCAGGGGGAGGCAGCCCCCUCAGCGAAGGCCUGUGGCUGCUGAAGACUGAGUUCGCCCUCCACCUCUACCGGAGUGCAGCAGCAGAGAGAAACGGGACAAACUUUGUCAUCUCGCCAGCUGGUGUGUCCCUCUCCCUGGAGAUCCUGCAGUUUGGAGCCAGGGGGAACACUGGCUGGCAGCUGGCAGGUGCCCUGGGGUAUACCGUGCAAGACCCAAGAGUGAGAGAGUUCCUGCAUACUGUUUACACCACAUUGCACAACUCCAGUCAAGGCAUCGGGAUGGAGCUGGCCUGCACCCUUUUCACGCAAACCGGAACAUCCCUGUCUCCCUGCUUCGUGGAGCAAGUCUCCUGGUGGGCCAACAGCAGUCUGGAGCCAGCUGACUUCAGUGACCCCAAUCGCACCGCCACGGAGGUCUCCGAGGACACAUCAGGACAGAGCACAGGUGAAGGCCCAGGUAACCCCCUGUGGGGGCAGGCUGGUGCUCUAUCUACUCGGCUCUCCAUCAUGAGCACCAUGACUUUCCAAAGUACCUGGCAGAAGAAAUUCUCCUCCAUGACCUCACAGCCCCUGCCUUUUACCUGUGCCCAUGGCCUCGUCCUUCAAGUCCCAGCAAUGCACCAAGUGGCAGAGGUCAGCUAUGGCCAGUUCCAGGAUGCUGUAGGCCAUGAGGUAGACGUUCUGGAGCUGCUGUACCUGGGAAGGGCGGCUAGUUUGUUCUUGGUGCUUCCCCAAGACAAGGAUACCCCUCUGGAUCACGUUGAACCACACCUGACAGCCAGAGUCAUCCACCUCUGGACCACCAGGCUGAAGAGAGCCAGGAUGGAUGUGUUCCUCCCCAGGUUUAGGAUUGAAAACCAGUUUGACUUAAAAAGCAUUUUAAGAUCAUGGGGUAUCACUGAUCUUUUUGACCCACUCAAAGCUAACUUGAAAGGAAUUUCAGGCCAAGAUGGCUUUUAUGUUUCUGAAGCAGCCCACAAGGCCAAAAUGGAGCUCUCCGAGGACGGCAUCAGGGCAUCUGCAGCCACAGCUGUGCUGCUGCUGAGGAGGUCUCGGACUCCUGCUUUUAAAGCAGAUCGGCCCUUCAUCUUUCUUCUGAGAGAACAUAGCACAGGGUUUGUCUUCAGUAUUGGGAGAGUUUCAAAUCCCCUUGACUAAAAUAGCAGAUCUCAAGAAUGUUCUAUGUAUGCUUUCCUUCACAAAUAUUUACAAUUUCUUUUAAGGGUGAUUUCCAAAUAUUAUUAAUCUAAAAAUAAUUCAAUUAAAAAAAUAAUUU